AUGACAGUUGCUACUGGCGACCCUGUUGAUGAGGCUGCAGCACAUCCGGGUCAACCUCACGACCAGUAUGACCCGGAACCGGACCACGAAUGCUGUGAGCGGGUCGUCAUUAACAUCUCCGGCUUACGCUUCGAGACCCAGCUCAAGACCCUCUCCCAGUUUCCAGAGACCUUACUGGGAGACCCCAAAAAGCGGAUGAGGUACUUUGACCCCCUCCGCAACGAGUACUUCUUUGACCGAAAUCGGCCGAGUUUUGAUGCCAUCCUCUACUACUACCAGUCAGGAGGGAGGCUGCGUCGACCUGUCAAUGUGACCCUGGACAUUUUCUCAGAGGAGAUCCGGUUUUAUGAGCUGGGUGAGGAGGCUAUAGAGAUCUUCAGGGAGGAUGAGGGCUUCAUCAAGGAGGAGGAACGGCCCCUGCCAGAGAAUGAGUUCCAGAGACAGGUGUGGCUCCUGUUCGAAUACCCGGAGAGCUCAGGUCCUGCCCGCAUCAUUGCCAUUAUCUCCGUAAUGGUGAUCCUCAUCUCUAUCGUCAGCUUCUGUCUGGAGACGCUGCCGGUCUUCCGAAAUGAAGAUGUGGAGAUGCAUAAAUUUUACCAGUCCUUCUACAACUCCACCUCGUCCUACACCUCCACAUAUUUCACUGAUCCCUUCUUCAUCUUGGAGACCCUUUGCAUCAUCUGGUUCUCUUUUGAGUUUCUGGUUAGAUUCUUUGCCUGUCCCAGCAAAGCUGGAUUUUUUGGCAACAUCAUGAACAUCAUCGAUAUCGUGGCCAUCAUUCCCUACUUCAUCACUCUGGGCACAGAGCUGGCCGAGAGGCCAGAGGACGGCCAGGCAGGCCAGCAGGCCAUGUCUUUGGCUAUUCUCCGUGUCAUCCGUUUAGUUCGAGUGUUUCGUAUCUUUAAACUCUCCCGACAUUCCAAGGGGCUGCAGAUCCUGGGUCAAACUCUGAAGGCUAGCAUGCGUGAGCUGGGCCUGCUCAUCUUCUUUCUCUUCAUCGGAGUCAUCCUCUUCUCCAGCGCUGUCUACUUUGCUGAGGCAGAUGAAGCAGACUCCCAGUUCAGCAGCAUCCCUGAGGCUUUUUGGUGGGCCGUGGUCUCAAUGACCACAGUGGGUUAUGGAGACAUGGUCCCGACCACCAUCGGGGGGAAGAUUGUGGGAUCCCUGUGCGCCAUUGCAGGUGUGCUGACCAUCGCCCUGCCAGUGCCCGUCAUUGUCUCCAACUUCAACUACUUCUACCACCGCGAGACAGAAGGUGAGGAGCAGGCGCAGUACCUGAACGUCCCCAGCGUGCCCAAAGUCGACUCAGCAGAAGACCUGAAGAAGAGCGGUCGGAGCGGCAGUGGAUCCACUCUCAGUAAAUCUGACUACAUGGAGAUCCAGGAGGCAGUCAACCACAGCACAGAGGAUUUCCGCCCCGAGAGCAUGAAAACUGGAAACUGCACCCUGGCAAACACUAACUAUGUUAACAUCACCAAGAUGCGUACAGAUGUAUAG